AGGGGCGUCGUAAACGCGCGUGCGCUUCCCUCUGAUUGGUCUCGUGCUUCAGGAAGCGUUGUGUUCUCGCGCUGUCCUCCUUUAACAAGCGACGACCUCCAAACUCACCGGAGCGAUAUUCCCGUUCACCGUGUUUGCAUCUCUCAUCCGUCUCCUCCGUUGCCCGCCAACAUCCCCGCAGUGUUUCCAAGAGCUCGCGUGAUGGCCGCCUAUAAGCUGGUGCUGAUCCGCCACGGAGAGAGCUGCUGGAACCAGGAGAACCGCUUCUGCGGCUGGUUCGACGCCGAUCUGAGCGAAGCCGGAGCCGAGGAGGCCAAGAGGGGCGGCCAGGCCCUGAAAGAUGCGGGUUAUGAGUUUGACAUCUGCUACACGUCUGUGCUGAAGCGUGCCAUCAGGACCCUGUGGCUGGUGCUGGACAGCAUCGAUCAGAUGUGGCUGCCCGUGCAUCGCACCUGGCGUCUGAACGAGCGCCACUACGGCGGCCUGACGGGCCUCAACAAAGCCGAGACAGCGGCCAAACACGGCGAGGCGCAGGUGAAGAUCUGGAGACGCUCCUACGACACCCCACCUCCACCCAUGGACCCCGAGCACGACUUCUACUCCGCCAUCAGCAAGGACCGUCGCUACGGCGACCUGACGGAGGACCAGCUGCCCUCGUGCGAGAGCCUGAAGGACACUAUCGCUCGAGCGCUGCCGUUCUGGAACGAGGAAAUCGUUCCUCAGAUCAAGGAGGGCAAGAGGGUCCUCAUCGCCGCUCACGGCAACAGCCUGCGAGGAAUCGUCAAACACCUGGAGGGUAUGUCAGAGGAGGCGAUUAUGGAGCUGAAUCUGCCCACAGGAAUCCCCAUCCUUUAUGAGCUGGACAAGAACCUGAAGCCUGUGAAGCCCAUGCAGUUCCUGGGGGAUGAAGAGACGGUCCGCAAAGCCAUGGAGGCCGUCGCCGCUCAGGGCAAAGCCAAGAAGUAGACCUCAAUUCACACAAUCCUCCUCAAAACCGCAAUCAGUGUUUGACCAUGAGCCUAGAACCAAACCACUGACCAGUAAUUCAUUUCCUAAUGCUCUGAAUCGGGACCAUCCUUAUAAUAAAAUUCAAUUGAAACUGCUUGGGUAUGUGUAUAAAUGCUGUGAAACUGAGCCACAGGGAGGGAUUUUAGCUUUACAUAGUCUCGGCACUGAAGAUCCACAGUCGCACAUUUCAAAAGAUGGCACAUGUGUUUGUCUGUGAUGGCAUGCUUUGACCACUGUUGCCAGGCAACAGCAUAUAUUAAUGGCCAUGUGGGCUGCAGAAGUGCUGCGAUUCCCCGUCUUUGCGUGAUUCAUGCUUUGCACCGCUGCGCUAUAUCUCUAAACACCCACACAAAUGCUCUUGAAUCAUCCCACACUUUGAAGUCACUGAAAAGAUGUGUUACGGUUUGUUUUUAAGAUUCACCUACAUCUAGAGUGGAGAAGGGAGCUUGUUUGCUGAUAUUCCUGUGGGCUUUUUGCAUAUGUUUAUGGUCAUUUUCUGCUCACUUUUUCUGUGGUAAAUGUCACUGUAUGUUGGUGUUUUUGUACUGUAGUACAUGUCUUGUUCAAUGCAUUUUGACCCAAGUAUCCUGCAAACAUUCGCCAUUAAGGAAAUACUGAAUAUUGUUGUCCCAGAAAAUGAAUUAUAGCAUUUUGUCUGUUCUUGUACAUUUCACUUGUACAGCAGAUGUUAAAAUUAUUUUGCUUGACUGAAAGACGUUAUGAGAUGUGCAAUCCCUAAUAAAUGUCGGCUUACUUAAGCA